AGGUGACCGAAGGAGGACAGACUCGACAACCAGUGGACGAAGACACAGAGCACCGGCGGUAACCGAGAACGUCCAGUAUUUUUCGGAAGCGGAAGAGGACGCCGAGAGAGCAAGGAGAAAGGCAAAGACCGCCGAGAAUGAGAAGGUCGAAUAAAAGGAAAGAAGCAAGAGGCAAGGAAUGGAGGACAGAUGAAAAGCGAACGCCAUCUCCGACUAUUUCAGCUCGAGAAAAGCCGCCUCCCAGAGUGCUUAAUGCCUUCCUCCCAGUGGACAGCGAGGAAACGAAAAACACCCACACACACUUGAAAGCAAAACUGCUUGUCCGAUCUGCACUUCCUCCUCUUCAGGUGUACAUACACCUGGCUCUGAGAGCACGAAUUUUCUCGAUGAAAGAUGGAUGUCCAAGAGUAUCUGUGUCGUCUCGUCUGCCCCAGUGCUUUUGUCUCGCUGGAGACAUCCCCAAGGAAGACACUUUCGUCGCUCUUUCUUCUUCUACGCCAUGAGCCGCGGUGAAGGGCCUUCAUUUUCUCCCCUGCAAAUAGCUUCUUUAUUCGCUAGUCUCCGUCGGAGAGGUGAACGUCGCCUCUAGCUACGGUCCGCAGCGCGUUUCGCCGCUUGUGACUCUAUUGAUUCACUUUCCUUACUCUAUUUUCUACCUUCUUCACCCUUUGAAUACUCUAGCAGAAAGCAACAUCUGUAAAGUACGCGAAUGCCUGCAUCGUCCAGAAGUGACGCGGCGCGUCGGUAGAAGGCGGCCUCGUCAGCUGCACAUCCAUAAAAGCGCCUUCGUCAGUCUGCCGCUCUUCGAAGAGCGCUUGUCUCGCAUGCGCUUCUUCGUUGACGAAAACGUAUCGAAGGCACGUUGACGCGGUUCCUUCUGUCUUGACUUGGGGGGAGCGCGCGUUUCGCUCGAAGGUCUCCGUCUAUACGCCGAUCGGCGAGGCGCCUGGAAUUCGAGUUUUGUGUGGGGGCAGCGCGGGUGCAUGCUGGGAUUUUGCGGAGAAACGGGGAACCGGAUCAUCCGAGGAAUUUGCGUUCGUUUCCGCGUCGGCGGCCCCGCAAAUCGCUUUUCCUUCCCCGUUGCUGAGACACACAACCUCUCUUUCGUUUCUCUUGUCGCGUGUACAGUCCUGCUCGGGCGCACUGUCUCUCCUUGUGUACCUACACCACCCGAGAGGUUCGCGUUUUUUCCAGUCUCUGUCCUCCGUUUUUUGCGAAUUUCGCCGAGCGAAAAUGGGGCGCCGUCCUGCGCGAUGCUACCGGUACUGCAAGAACAAGCCGUACCCUAAAUCUCGUUUCUGUCGCGGAGUCCCCGACGCGAAAAUCCGAAUCUACGAUGCAGGUCGCAAGAGGGCAGACGUCGACGAGUUCCCGGGGGUCGCCCACCUCGUCUCCGACGAGUACGAACAGAUUUCUUCUGAGGCGCUCGAGGCGGCCCGCGUUUGCGCGAACAAGUACAUGAUCAAGAACUGCGGUAAAGACAACUUCCACCUCCGCAUUCGCGUCCACCCCUUCCACGUUCUCCGCAUCAAUAAAAUGCUUUCUUGCGCCGGUGCUGAUAGACUUCAGACCGGUAUGCGUGGUGCGUUCGGAAAGCCGAUGGGUCUCGUCGCUCGCGUUGACAUUGGCCAGAUCUUGAUGUCCAUCCGGACGCGAGAGUCGAACGUCGCGACCGCCGUGACGGCGCUGCGUCGCGCUGCGUUCAAGUUCCCGGGGCGCCAAAAGGUCUUCGUCUCCAACAAGUGGGGAUUCACAAAGUUCACGAAAGUCGAGUACAAGAAAUGGCAAGCUGAGGGCCGGAUCGUCUCCGACGGCGUCGGCGCCAAGUGGAUCUCCACCAAGGGUCCGCUGGCAAACACCUUCCCGAGCGCUGCAGACAUCACGCUGCCCGUCGCCUAACGGAGGGGCGCGUGCGAAACAGCGAUGCGCCUCCGCGCUGCGAACUCUGCGGUGUAUGUACACCCGAGCUGCGGCCGCGGCGAGCUGGCCUGGGGGUACGCAGACCUCCCCGCGGGGGCGACGCGGUUUCCGACAGUGAGUGAGGGGAAGUCUCUGUGAACAUGCUGUGUGUCGGAACGGAGUGACUCUCAAACGCGACAGCAGAACAUGAAAACGCGACUGGAAGCGGAGUCUUUCUUCUCUCGGCUGAAACAGGCUUCUGAUGCCUCUUGACUCGCGCCGCGCCUUCUUUUCUGCCCGCCAAACGAGGAAAACCACACACAGAGUUCACACCUCUGCAGGGC